AUGUUUGCUUAUUUUUAUUUUUCAGGUCGUAGAUCGAACAGAACAGGAUCAGCAUCAUCUUCGUCGCCGUUGAAUUUACCUACACAAGCACCAUUAUUAGAUCGUACGAAUCAGCAAUCAUUAGUAGUUUUACCAAAAAGAACAUCUAAUGAGUCAAUUACAAUCUUUCGAAACUGGAAUACCAAUUCUCAUAUCAGCAGUCUUUCUUCCUUACCAACCACAACGCCAACUUCAUCAUCUAGACCUGUACGUCGAAUUAUACCACCAACAACAACACCAAAUCAACAUAGCCACCUCGAUUAUUAUCGUCAAAAUAUUUUACCUGAUGAUAGGAGUUCAUUAUCUUUUUUAUCAAGUUCACCAAUGUUUAUUAGGCAAACUAAUAAAAAGAAUCACAUUAGUCGUCAUGCACAAAAUGAGCGAGAACAACAGCCUCCAGAAUCAUUACCAGAAGCUAAUAUAAUUAAAAUCAUAGCUUCAAGAAUAUCAAACAUUACAUCACCAAUUAUCGAUGAUAAAUUACUAUCAGAUAGUACAAAAAAUGUUUACGACGACAAACGACAGGCUGCAUUAGAAUCGUUGCAACAUUAUAAUUUGUUAGGAUCAUUUGAAAAUAUGUUUGAUGGAGGUGAUGCCGGAUAUAUUAAACUUAUACCAGAAGAUUAUCAGACAAAUAUCAAGUUUCAAAUUGUACCGAAACAGAUCAAAUCAAAACUAAAUGAUCGAUGUAAAGAUUUAUUGAAAUCAUUCAAAUUUUAUUGUGAAAAUUUGAAAGAUAUACUACAAUUUCUACCACCGUCAUUAUCGUCGUCAACAAUUACCACAAUUACAACAGCAAUUGACAAUGUUGAUAAUACAUUUACCGAAAGCGAGAGUACAAUACUAUCGAGUCAGAUUCAUGCAACAACAGCGGAGGAUAUGAAUAAUCAACAGCAAGAUAUUAAUUUGGGUUGUAGGCAACUACGAGGAAGGUCUCGAACAGAAAUCUAUUUUGAUCCAACAACCACAACAAUUAAUUCAGCAGCAACAUCAACAAUAAGAAUAACAAGAACAACAACCAGUCCUAUUAUUUCAUCUCGUCCUAAAACUCGAACUAAACGAUCUCAAUUUGAUGAUGUCUCAUCCAUUCCAAUUGAUGAUAAUCAAAUAUCUUCUUUAUACAGGACCGGAUUUGAUGAAUUAUGUGGAUGGUUAGAAGAUAUAUUAAAAACAAAUUUUCUAUUAUCAAUGACAACGAUACAGGAACAGUAUAGAACAAUCCUCCGACGGCGACAUGAACCAGUAACAGAACUAAUAGUUCGCACAUCAGCUAUUCAAGAUCGAAUAACAACAAGAUAUGGAAAUCAAAUCAAAUUUGAAACAAUCAGCAAACGUACGGGCACAUUUGCCUGCUGGAAUGAUUUAACAACAAUUGCUCGUUCAGUUUUAACAAAUUCAACGUAUAUUGCCCACACAAUCACUCAGCCAUCAGAUCUAAUUUACAAAGAUGAAGAAUCACGAAAAAACAAACAAAAACAAUGUGAAAUAUUAUUUCAAGCCGUCAAUUUAUUACGUGAAGCAAUUAAAGAUAAUGUACAUUAUUUGAAAAAAUACAAUCACAACUAUCAAUUAUUAAGUGAUUUAGCUCCCGGAAUGUUUUGGGAUUGUGUUCCGACCAUGCUGAAAAAUUUUAUCGGUUUAUUAACAACAAAUCAACAGCAAUUUCAGCAGUUCAAGCGUGAUUAUAAACAAUAUGAUUUACUAGAUGAAGAUAUAUAG